AUGAAAAGCUACCAAUGUUGGGAGGGAACAGUCACUGAAACUGGGUCCCACACAUUCCUAUAUAGAGUAGUUAGUGUACGGCCGGCGCCCCUGGAGGUGACGCUCAUCUCGGCGAGGAACCUCAAGAAGGUGAACCUGAUCACUCCCAUGGAGGUGUACGCCGUCAUCUCCGUCUCCGGCAACCCGCUCACGCGCCAGUGCACCCUCCCCGACCGCUACGGCGGCCGGCACCCGGCGUGGAACGCCACGCUCCACCUCGCCGUCCCGGCCUCCGCCGUGUCGGGCGCGUUCCUCCACGUCCUCCUCCGCACCGAGCGCGCCCUCGGCGACCGCGACGUCGGCGAGGUGUACGUCCCCCUCGCUGACCUGCUCGCCACCGCCGCCGCCGCCGCCGGCGACGACGUGCGCGGGCUCCUGCACCCGCCGCAGCUCGCGCCCUGCCAGUACGAGGUGCGCAAGGUGAAGAGCACCGAUCCAUGCGGCAUGCUCAGCCUGUCCUGCCGGCUAGGCCCCGUCGUGGCGCCGGCGGCGGCGGACACCGCUGUUGCUGCUGCUGCCCCGGCGUACCUGGUGGUGCCGUGCUACGCAAACGCGCCGCCUUAUGUCUGCUUGUCGCCGGCCAAUCCCGCCCUCCGUGAUGCAGUGUCGCCGCCGCGCAGGAAGAAGGGUGGCUUCGGGCAGUGGUUCGGCGGCGCCGUUGGCGAAAUGUUGACCGGCGGCGAGAUGAUGUCGUCGGACACGGCGGCUUACGAGGCCGGGGUGGCUGACGGCCGAAUUGUCAAGUUUUAG